AUGGGAAAGAAAGAUCCAAAAUGGAACAACUGUGUGUCUUGUGGGAAUGACAUUAGCCUGCUUAAGCUGGAGAAAAGUUCUGUUAUCAAUGACAAGGCGACGACACUACAGCAGGCCCUCCUUCCUGUGGUGGAUCACAAUAUCUGUAGUCAAAGUGACUGGUGGGGCAGCUCAGCAAAGGAGACUAUGGUCUGUGCAGGAGGAGAGAGCCAGCAUGGUGACUCUGGAGGCCCUCUGAACUGUGAAGGCAGAAAUGGGAAGUGGUAUGUGCAAGGAGUGACUAGUUUUGUGAAUGGACAGGGCUGUAAUACCCCUCGGAAGCCCAUGGUCUUUUCCUGUGUGGCCACUUUCAUCCCCUGGAUCAAUGAGGUGUGGGAAGCCAAAAACAGUAAAUUGCAUUAA